AUGAUUUCAUUGUUCUUAUUGAUAAGCGUUGCUUUUGUCAACGCUACUGAUUCAAGUCAGGGAGUUGAAAAUUACCCAUAUGGUAAAGUAAAUAAACAAGCCAAUUUUGGUAAAGCUUUUGAUAGUAGUUACAAUAGUUAUCAAGUUCAAAGAUAUGCUGAAAGUGGUGUUUUCAGUGCAAAUCAAGAAAAUUAUGUUCGUGCUAAAUGUAAGACAUGUUGUAGAGUUAUUUUUGCUUCUGAUUAUAAUUAUAAAACUAAAAAGCAAUUCACUAAUGCUGAUGAUGUCAGAGGAGAUACUAGAUAUGUUAUGGAUAUGGAGUUUGAUGAUAAAAGAUCAGUUAGAUACUAUCAAGGUCAAUAUGAACAAAAUAUUCUUUUAAGACCAUUGAAAAUGGGAAAUGAACUUCAAUUCUUUGAAUUUGCACCAUAUAAAAUGUAUACAUCAUUCUCAAUUCCUAGAAGAGUCCAUGAUAUUAGAGGAGGAGCUAAUAGAGGAGCAACAUUAAUUAUUUGGAUGAAGAAAGCACCAUUAGAUCCAGGAACAAACAAUCAAAGAUUUGUUUAUGUGCAUCCAUACAAAACUGAGUGGUAUCUUGAAUAUAGUAAAACAAACAAAUGGCCAAGUUACAGUAAACAUUUCUAUCUUCCAUUCUCCAGCAAUAACCUUUGUUAUCAAGCAAAGAGUGAAGGACAACAAAGAUCUACAUGGACUGGAAAUGCACAUCUUACAACAACUAGUACAAGUUAUCAAAUUGAAGCUGCCUCUUGUGUUGCCAAUGAACCAAGACAAAUUUUUAUUCCAGUCUUUGCAUAA